AAAAUUUCUCUCUCCAAAAAGAUAUGUUUUUUUUUCUUUAAUAAUUUGUGCCUGUAUAUAAUUUUCCAUUUUGGCAUAGAGAACCCACCUCAGAGAAAAGGGGGGGUGUGGGUCUUUGAAGAAAGGAAUCAAGAAACACCAACAAACGCAAACAAAGCAUUUUCCUUUUGUUAGAUAAAAAAUAUAUAAUACGUUUUUUCUAAUUGCUCUUAUUUUUUAAUUGCUAAUUAGCAUUUUUGAAAUUAUUUUUUCUGUUUCUACUAUAUUUCACAGACAUACACUCUCUCUCACUCUAAUAUGAUGUGAGGUUGGUUGGUGUUUCUUGGUAUGGGAGCUGGAGAGGGUGGGCUAUACUUAAAGCAGCUAAUGAUUUAUACAUAGAGAGAGAGAGAGAGAGAGAGAGAGAGAGAGUAAAGCUUUGUGCUUUGUGGGUUUUUGAGUAAUGAGAGCGUUGAGAGGAGAGAAGAGGCUUGUAAUUGAUACUGUGAGUUGAGCUUUAAGGGAAGUAUUGGGUUGAGCUAUAGCUUUUCAUGGAAACUAAAGGGAGACUGAUUGCUGGUUCGCACAAUAGAAAUGAGUUUGUGCUUAUCAAUGCUGAUGAGAUUGCAAGAGUUACUUCUUUUAAAGAACUAAGCGGGCAAAUUUGCCAGAUCUGUGGGGAUGAGAUAGAGAUUACAGUAGAUGGGGAGCCAUUUGUUGCUUGUAAUGAAUGUGCAUUCCCUGUAUGUAGACCUUGCUAUGAAUAUGAAAGAAGAGAGGGAAACCGAGCCUGCCCUCAAUGCAAAACCAUAUACAAGCGCAUCAAAGGGAGUCCUAGAGUUGAAGGGGAUGAAGAAGAGGAGGAUACAGAUGAUUUGGAAAAUGAAUUUGAUAUUUCUGCAUCUCAAAACAUUGCUGAGGCUAUAUUCUCUGCUCACCUUAACAUUAGCACGGCUUCACAAGUCAAUGUUUCAGGGUUUGCUGCACCUCCUGAGUUAGAUUCUGUUCCCAUAGUUUCUGAGAUCCCUCUUCUGACUUAUCAUGAAGAGGAUGUUGGGAUUUCCUCUGAUAAGCAUGCUCUUAUUGUACCCCCAUUUCGCGCAAAACGGAUACACCCAAUGCCAUUUCCUGAUUCUUCCAUGUCUUUGCCACCCCGACCUAUGGAUCCUAAGAAAGACUUGGCAGUGUAUGGAUAUGGAACAGUCGCAUGGAAAGAGAGAAUGGAGGAGUGGAAGAAAAAGCAGCAUGAAAAACUUCAGGUGGUUAAGCAUCAAGGUGGAAACAAUGAUGGAAAUGAAAUAGAUGAUCCUGAUUUGCCCAUGAUGGAUGAAGGGAGGCAGCCUCUGUCAAGGAAGUUACCAAUUUCUUCAAGCAAGAUAAGCCCAUACAGGUUGAUAAUCAUACUCCGGCUUGUAAUCCUUGGCCUCUUCUUCCACUAUAGACUUCUCCACCCAGUCAACGAUGCCUAUGGAUUGUGGCUAACAUCAACAGUUUGUGAAAUAUGGUUUGCUGUAUCAUGGAUAUUCGAUCAGUUACCAAAGUGGUAUCCGAUUGAGCGAGAAACAUAUCUUGAUCGAUUAUCAUUGAGGUAUGAGAAAGAUGGGAAGCCAUCUGAGUUAGCUGCUAUAGACAUAUUCGUUAGUACUGUUGAUCCAAUGAAAGAACCUCCACUUAUCACAGCAAACACAGUUCUAUCUAUCCUUGCUGUAGAUUAUCCAGUCGACAAAGUUGCAUGCUAUGUCUCAGAUGAUGGUGCUGCUAUGCUCACUUUUGAAGCACUCUCUGAGACAUCUGAAUUUGCAAGAAAGUGGGUCCCUUUCUGCAAGAAAUAUAAAAUUGAACCCCGUGCUCCAGAGUGGUACUUUGGUGAGAAGGUUGACUAUUUGAAAGAUAAAGUAGAUCCAUCAUUUAUCAGGGAACGCCGUGCUAUGAAGAGAGAAUAUGAAGAGUUCAGAGUUCGAAUAAAUGGACUGGUUUCCACUGCACAGAAGGUUCCCGAGGAGGGAUGGACAAUGCAGGAUGGAACUCCAUGGCCUGGGAAUAAUGUCAGAGAUCAUCCUGGAAUGAUUCAGGUUUUCCUGGGACAACACGGUGUUCAUGAUGUUGAAGGAAAUCAACUACCUUGUCUGGUUUACGUGUCUCGUGAGAAGAGACCAGGAUUUGAUCACCACAAAAAGGCCGGCGCAAUGAAUGCUUUGGUGAGGGUAUCUGCAAUCAUAUCAAAUGCUCCAUACCUGCUGAAUGUCGAUUGUGAUCAUUAUAUAAAUAACAGUAAAGCACUUCGUGAUGCUAUGUGCUUCAUGAUGGAUCCAACAUCUGGCAAGAAAAUCUGUUAUGUACAAUUUCCUCAAAGAUUUGAUGGGAUUGAUCGUCAUGAUAGAUACUCCAAUCGCAAUGUUGUAUUCUUUGAUAUCAACAUGAAAGGACUGGAUGGGAUCCAAGGACCUAUAUAUGUUGGUACAGGGUGUGUCUUCAGAAGGCAGGCGCUGUAUGGGUAUGAUGCCCCCAUCAAGAAGAAGCCACCAGGCAAGACAUGUAACUGCUGGCCAAAAUGGUGCUGCUUUUGUUGCAGAUCUAGAAAGAAAAAUAAGAAAGGAAAAUCAGCUGAGAAAAAGAACAGGGAGGCCUCCAAGCAGGUGCAUGCAAAGAAGAACAGGGAGGCUUCCAAGCAGAUAUAUGCAUUAGAAAAUAUUGAGGAGGGUAUUGAAGGAGUAGAUAAUGAAAAAUCAGAAUUAAUGCCCCAAAUAAAAUUUGAGAAAAAAUUUGGGCAGUCAGCAGUUUUCAUAGCUUCAACACUCAUGGAAGAAGGUGGAAUUCCAAAAGGAGCAACUUCUGCAUCACUUUUGAAAGAAGCAAUUCAUGUCAUCAGCUGUGGCUAUGAAGAUAAAUCCGAAUGGGGGAAAGAGGUUGGGUGGAUUUAUGGUUCUGUCACUGAGGAUAUAUUGACAGGCUUCAAGAUGCAUUGCCAUGGCUGGCGAUCAGUGUACUGCAUACCAAGGAGACCUGCGUUUAAGGGCUCAGCUCCAAUAAAUCUUUCAGAUCGUCUACACCAGGUUCUCCGAUGGGCACUAGGAUCUGUUGAGAUUUUGUUGAGUAAGCACUGUCCAAUAUGGUAUGGGUAUGGGUGUGGAUUGAAACCAUUGGAGCGCUUCUCAUAUAUAAACUCAGUUGUUUAUCCACUGACCUCAAUUCCCUUGGUCGCAUACUGUACCUUGCCAGCUGUUUGUCUCCUUACUGGGAAAUUUAUUGUCCCUGAGCUUACUAAUUAUGCAAGUAUCAUUUUCAUGGCCCUCUUCAUAACCAUAGCAGCUACAAGCAUCUUAGAAAUGCAAUGGGGAGGGGUCGGGAUACAUGACUGGUGGAGAAAUGAGCAGUUUUGGGUGAUUGGUGGCACGUCAUCCCACCUGUUUGCUCUUUUCCAGGGUCUGCUCAAGGUAUUAGCAGGUGUUAGCACCAGUUUCACGGUUACUUCAAAAGCAGGAGAUGAUGGAGAAUUUUCAGAGCUCUACCUCUUCAAGUGGACAUCUUUACUGAUCCCUCCUUUGACCUUGCUUUUCAUAAACAUUAUCGGAAUCGUAGUUGGAGUUGCAAAUGCCAUCAAUAAUGGCUACGAUUCAUGGGGUCCAUUCUUCGGCAGGCUAUUCUUUGCAGGUUGGGUCAUUCUCCAUUUAUAUCCAUUCUUAAAGGGAUUUUUGGGGAAGCAAGACAGGCUUCCCACAAUCAUUCUUGUCUGGUCAAUACUUCUAGCUUCAAUUUGUUCGCUUUUGUGGGUUCGACUCAACCCCUUUGUGUCGAGAGGUGGCCUUGCUUUAGAAGUUUGUGGGUUGGAUUGCGACUAAGGAACACCUAGAAGGUUAGAUAUUGGGUUACAUGUAGAAAUGUCAUUUUAGGAUUCUGCAAAAGCAAAAGCUACAAUUCUCAUCAAAGAUGAAAGAAACCCCCCCUAUGACAUAGUAUGAUUCUUCUCAAUAAGUUCUGAAGGAAAAUUGUGGUGGGUACGUGUGUGUAGAUAUAAAAGGGCUUUGACAUAUUGUCAUCUGUUUGGCCUAGUUUCUUCUGAUUCUUUUUGGUACAUGUGGAUUUCUUGGCUGAUUAUUAGAUGGCUGUAAUCUGAGAGGACAAGGGUCUACUUUAUUUAUAUUCCCUUUUCAAAGGGACUAAUACAAAAUUCCAUCUUACUGUUUGUA